AUGCGUAUCGUCAUCGUGUCGAACGUGCUGCAAGUGCUCGUCCCCAUCGUGGUCGGCGUGGUUGCAUGGGAGUACUUGGACCAACGAUGGAAAGGACAUCAAGAAGACGCCCGGCAAGACGCUGGCGCACGAACAACCCUCACGUGUCCAGUGUGUCUUGACCCCAUCCUGCAUCCCAUCGCGACCAGGUGCGGACACAUUUUCUGCCGCGACUGCCUCGAUCGGUGGUGGACGGAAGGUCGCAUGGUGUCCACGCGAUGUCCCGUCUGCAACAAGCGCCUCCAGCGCAGGGAUAUCUUUGUCCUGUACCCGUAUAUCGAGUAA